AUGGGUGGGCAGCGCAUUGGAGAGGGGAGUGCAUCAGUGGGGAACACAUGGUGGAAAAACUCGUGGGGGGGGGGAGUGCAUGGGGGGGAAAGCAUGGGGGGGGGGGAAAUGCAUGAGGGGGGGGGGCGCAAGGGGGGAACACAUAUGGGGGAAAAACGCAUGGGAGGGAGACGCAUGGGCAUAGAACGCGUGGAGAAAGCGCAUGGGUGGGGAGCGCAUCAAGGAAGUGCAUGGGUAGGGAGCGCAUGGGGGGAGCGCAUGGGGGGAGUGCAUGGGGGGAGCGCAUGGGGGAAGCACAUGGGUGGGGAGUGCAUGGGGGGAGCGCAUGGAGGGAGCGCAUGGGGGGAGCGCGUGGGUGGGGCGCAUGGGUGGGACGCAUGGGUGGGGCGCAUGGGUGGGGCGCAUAGGGGGGGCGCAUGGGUGGGGCGCAUGGGUGGGGCGCAUGGGUGGGGCGCAUGGGUGGGGCGCAUGGGUGGGGCGCAUGGGUGGGGCGCAUGGGUGGGGCGCAUGGGUGGGGCGCAUGGGUGGGGGGCGCACGGGCACGAGAGCGGUGGAGCACUGACGGUCAAGUGUGGCGAGGGGCAGCAGCCUUAUCAAGUGGAUAGCCUCCACGCCCACUCCCACCGCCUUCAAAGGCGCCAUGCCCCACCGCAGAGCCCAUGGCCUCGGGGCUCAUUGUGA